AUGGUCCUGAAAAUAAUCAAGAGGAUGUUGGGCAAUAAUAAGAAGGCAUGUGAUUCAAAGUUAAAUUUAGCAAUAUGGGCUAAUAGGAUCAUCACUGAGAAUUCUAUAGGAUUUGCUCCAUAUGAGUUGGUCUAUGGAAAGCAAGCAAGGCUGCCUUUGAAUAAUCUACUCCUAGUAUAUAAUUUUGUCACACAGGAACAGUUGGAAGAUAUUAACUUCAUGAAUGACAGGCUGACACAGUUGGCAGAACUUGAUGAAAUUAGGAGAAAGGCUCAAAAGCAGAAUAUCAAGAAGUACCAGCAGAUCAAACUCUUGCAUGAUAAGAAAGAACAGAGUAGGAAUUUAAAAGAAGGAGAAUGGGUACUCAAAUGGAAUGCAAAGGAUUGA